AAAUUGCUGAUGAAUUUGGUGAAAAAUUUGGUGGUGAUGAUGAAUUUGAUAAAGAAAUUGGUGCUGGUGAAUUUGAUAAAGCAAUUAGUGAUGAAUUUGAUGAAGUUGGUUAUAAUGAAUUUGAUGAAGAAAUUAGUACUGAUGAAUUUGAUGAAGAAAUUAGUACUGAUGAAUUUAACGAAGGAAUUGAGAAUGAAUUUGUGAAGAAAUUACUUACUAUUA